AUGAAUCACCCUCGGCAUAGAGACAGUAUGAGGGUUUUCUUCAGACCAGUUGUUGUUGUUACCUGCUCAAUGAUAUUAUUAUGCUUUUAUUUGUUUAGUUAUAAGAGUGUUGCGACUCAUUUUGAUUGGAAUGAUGCCUUUGACUUAACAAGAAACUCAAGGCAGAAAAUAGAGACCAAAUUCUUGGAGUCACCAAAGCUUGAGCAUGAGACAAACCAGCAACAGCCAAUAGUUCAAGAUGUAGAGCUUGAUUACCCUUUGAAUAGUAUGGUCAGCUCAUUUUUCCCCAUAGACGCAGUACUUCAGUUUAAUACUUCUGAUAACGGGAAUAUAACCACUCACGAGAUGCUUGGAAGAUAUGCUUCUUUUAGUCCCAUUUUGAACCACAGGUUGAAGAGUCAAUAUGCGAUAUUGCCAUUUAAUGCCUGUGAUUUAGACAACUUAACAUCGCUUUCUAAGACUAAGUAUCAUACUAAAGUAUUGAUUGUUUUGAGAGGAGGUUGUACAUUUGUUGAUAAGGUGUCCAAUUUGCUAGAGUCAGAAAUGGAGCCAACUAGUAUUUUGAUUGCUAAUGACGAGCCUUAUAGAGGGUUGAUAACAAUGUUUUCUAAUACGUUCAAUCAAGAUGGAUCAUUGCAAACACCCAUCAUGUUUAUAACCAACGAGGAUUAUCGAUACUUGAAAAGUAUUGAGUAUCAAAAUUUGACUAUAGAAAUUAGCACCGCAUAUAUUGGAAGCUGGCUCAGUAUAAUUUUGUCAAUGGUCUUGUCACCUCCGCUAUUAAUUAUAUUAUUCUAUGCAGUUAUCAUAUGUGGUCAAAAGAUCAGGAGAAAACAAGUAAAUAUUCAGAACGCUAAGAUGGUUAAGAGCUUGCCAAUCUAUAUUUACAACAUAGAUCACUUGGUUUUGGCAAAAUAUUUUCAGCAUUAUUUGAAAGUCACUGGUCAGAGUAACAUGGUUCCGAAAGAUGGAGAAAAUGCAAUGCUAUUAGAAUCUCCAAAACCUUCGCCUAAUGCGUCAUCGUCAUCAAUUAAUAAAAUAAUAGUUGGAGGUAUAGAUUUAAGAUCAUCCAAAGUACAUUUGCAUGCAAUAACUGCACCCGAUGACUUCUAUCCGUCAUAUAAAUGCUCAAUUUGUUUGGAAAAGUAUAUACCAUUGAAGUCAAAGGUGCUUGUACUUGAUUGCAAACAUUUUUUCCACGAGUACUGUUUGUCUAAUUGGCUAAUUAACUUUAAAAGGAGUUGUCCGUUGUGUAACUAUACACUUCAGAGUAGACACGAUCACAAUAGCUCUUAUUGGGUUGCUGAAAGAGAUGACAAUACCAUAGGUUAUGGCAGCAUGGAGGAUUUGGAGGCUGGCCCUUCUAGACGCUCGAAUGCAAUAUCACUAAAUACUUCAGACGGCUCAGGGAGUGACGAGGAGUCUUAUUUACUAGAGAAUACCCUGCAGCAAGGAGUUAAUGAUGUGGUUUCAGAUCAUCCAAGCAAUUACCAAAAAGACAGUCCCAAAACUCAGCACCUACACCCUAGUAAUAAUGUCAUGCUCAACCCUCCAGAAAGUGUUUCCUCAGGUGGUUCCAACUUAACAUUUUAUACAGCCAAUAGUCAGCCCAUCGAAAGUAGCUCAGCUGAAAACGGCCAAUCAGGUCAACCGAAAAGACCUUACCUAAUAUCCAAGCCACUGCAAAUACUAAGUCGAUUAUCUUCUUCAAAACUAUCAGGGGUUGAAUUAAGUGCCAGUAUUGAUUCAGGUAGCGACCAUAAUCAACAAGAACAAAAUUCUUUUGAAUCAUCGACUACAAGCAUAGUUGAACUGGAUCAUGGCGAUGAACUGACAAUAAAUCUUUCAGAGUCCUACAAUAAUUAA